CCCGACAUGCGCGCCCGCACGACGGACGCCCUCGCAGAGCUGGCGGAACUCGGCAUCGGCAAGCCCGCCCAGCGCAGCAGCCACGACGAGGCUCGUCGCCUCGUUGCGCCCUCCGAUUGACAGCGCAUGCGCCGCCUUUGCACGGCUGAUCUCGCCCGUCAGGCCCUGUACGGCCGCAAUGUAGCGGUCGUGGCUCUCGAUGGCGCGCCCGCCGGAGCGCUUGACGUUCUUCUCGUGGCUUGCGUGCGCCUUCUUGACCUUGGAGUCCAGCGUCUCGAGCGCUUCGUCGUGCGCGCGCUCCUCCUUGGCGACGCGCUUGAAGUACUUGGCGCAGUGCUCAUUGAGCGCCUCGUACUCGCGCUGGAUCAGCUUGGCGUGCUUGAUCGACGACUCGGACACGGCGUCGAAGAGGAACGACGAGGAGAGCAGCGUUUGCACUGGCACAAGCGUCAGAGCGCGCAGCGUGGCUCUGUGAAUUUGCGCGACUCACCUGGCACCUCGGCGAACGCCUUGCCCACCGCCAGCUCCUUGCACGCCUUGCCCAGCUUGCGCUCGCACUUGGCCAGGCGCGCCGCCAGGUCGCGGUACUCGUCGAACGCGACGAGCAGCUGCUCGAGGCUCUUGAGCGAGCGGUGCAGCUCGCUGCGCUCCAGCGCCGCCGCCUCGCGCUGCGGCGCGGCGGCGGCGGUGCCCAGGCCGCUGCCCGGGCCCGCGGCGUACGGCGUGCCGGCGGGAAACGGCGAGCUGCCGCCGGGGUACAACGAGGCGGCGGGCGCGUAGUCGAAGUAGUUGAGCGACGCGGCGCCGCUGAGCGACGGCUCGUAGGUGGACUGCAGCGGCGGCGGCGGCUGCAGGCUGUUGGCGCUGCCCGAGUCGGUGCGCUCGCGCGAGCCGGCGCCGGCGGCGUGCGUGGGCGGGGCGGCGGCG